UCUCGUUCUUCACCGUCGGUCUCUUCCUCCCCUCCUUCUUCUACUGCUUUCCCUGGCCGUGGGAUCGGAUACACAUCGUCUGUCCGCUACGGUUCACCUUUUCUAAUGACUUAUUGGUUCCUCGGAACCAUUCUAACGGUACGGAGUACACUAACGAAAUGAAUGUGAAGAGCUUUUGAACUUGUUACACGGGAUGAUCCAGGUUUCCCAGAUUGAAUAACAAUAGAAGAAAACAAAAAGAUAAACUACGUCACCGCCACACCCCGAACCCCGGAUUAGCGCAGCCCCGCCAUUUGUAUGUGAUCCCUCAUAUCGACAAUGCAGCAUACAAAAGGUUUAGAGUCCGACGUGGCGCGGACGGCCUCACACUCCCGGAGUAACAGCAUGUCAAGCGAUUCUCUUCCGCGCAUUCGCAUGACUGCGCCAGCAGCGACGCCUCCGCCUUCCUUUAUCGCAUCUUCGUCCGCCGCUCAGAUCGUCACCGCUGACCAGGAAUUCAAUACCGCGGACUUCGUGGCAGAAGACGGCGGUGAUUCGGAUGCGAAAGCGAUCGUCACUCCCGAAGCUCUUUCAGCUUUGAAUGGAUUUCUGGACCAUCUUCUCUUCAAUAUCCUGGCGGCUGCUAAGUCAACGCAACUCACAUGUAUUCGACCAGCGGUGGCGGAUGUGUUGAAGCCUCGACUCGCAAACCAAGUGGUUUCUGCGGCAGAUGAGGAGUUGCGCGAGUAUAUGGGUGGCCCGGAGGAUGAGCAGUUCCAAUUCGGUCGGGGUAUGUCUCAAAACGGUGAUUUCGAUCUGGUUCGUUCCUGGAAAUUGACUCGCCUGCGCUGUAUGGUCUAUACCCGACUGGGAGAUAUGGAAGAAGAUGACGAGGAGGAGUAUAUCGCACAGAAUGGUUUGGAUGACGACGGCAGCAUCUCGCCGAGGUUUUCUAUGCAUGUAGGAAAUAUUACACCGGCGGCUGCCAUCUUCCUGACUUCCAUUAUCGAACAUAUUGGUGAACAGGCCUUGGUGAUAGCGGGCGAAACAGCUCGGUCGCGACUAUCCUCCAAACCAAGUGACGGGCCCGAGGAGGCAGACUCCAGCGCAGAACGAAGCACCAUCAACCGGUUAGUCGUGGAGGACUUGGAUAUGGAGAAAUUAGCAUUGAAUCCAACCAUGGGUCGUCUUUGGCGCACCUGGCGUAGGCAAACGCGGUCUCCUAUGUUGUCCCGAGCAGUUUCCAGAGAGUCUAUUCGACGCCGUUCAACAGUUGGUCCUUCGACUCGUCGGAAGAGUAGUACAGUUACCGGGGAUGAACUACCACAAAGACCGGUCAUCGAGAUUCCGAAGGAGAUUGACCCGGCCUUUGUUGCACUCCCAGUGGGUGACCACGAUGUCGAGGAGAUCGAAGGUUUCACGUCUGAUGGAGAAGGUACUGAGGUGGUCCAGACUAUGCAGGCAGUAGUGGCUCACAAAGUGCGACCCCAUAGUCUCAUGGUGCUGACCUUGCCAUCACCAAGAUCCCCUACAUCCCCCAUCACCCCACUGAGCGCAAAGUUCACUCGUCAUGUCCGCGCGAGGUCGUUGCCCGAUACUACCCCCCAGGAGUCGGCAGAAGUUGACCAAACUGCCGACCGGCCAUCGCCCACCUCAUCUGACGAACAAAAGCCGCUGGAAACCAUGUAUGAGCACGAAGAAGAUAAUGAGCAUCCCAAGGCCAAGGCUGAGUCAAAGGUGUCAAAGGUAGAAGCUCCUCCUGAGGAAUCAUUGGAGCAGGAUAAGAUGGCUACGUCGUCACAAUCUGCCGUGUCGGUAGAAAUCGAGUCGAGUCAAGCCAGUAGUACUUCAGGUUCGUCAACAUCUCUGAGCGAUCGUUUCCAGACCGAUUCGGACACGGAGGUGAUUGAAGGACAAGGAAUGUGCGAAAAACCCAAAUUGGCUCCGAUACAGCGACCCAAACGUCUCUGUAGCAGGGACGCAAAUCGCGAAUAUGACAGGUCGACUACCGCGACCCGAGUGAUCAGCGAACGAGUGAUGCCAACAGUGGUCGAUGAUCCGCCACAAACGCAAGGGGGUGAAGACUCCACUCCGGCGCCGCCUGCCAUCAGUCACGAUGUUUCAAAGGAUUCUGAUACAUAUAGAGCUUCAACAGAGUCCUCAGUCCCUCAGACUCGGAAUUCGACUGACCUGGAAGAGAAGAUCCCUCGUCCACCUUCCACCUCUGGAGAAAGUGUUAUUUCCGACCGUUCGCGGACUCGACCUAGACCAAGCCCCUUGGUGGGUAUAAGUCACCAUCAUUACGGCCGCUCAAGUUCAGGGGUAUCCUCGAUAAGUUCGGCUACUGAACGUGCAGCGGUUCAGCGUGUCAUCCGACCGUCAACUUCAGCAGCCUCUUCCGUCUACUCCAGACCGCGUCGCUCCGACAGUUUUAGUAGCCAACGUGAGAAACGCCCAGUUACUGCCGGGUCGACCACGUCACAGGUUUCAAUCAGGCUGAAAGGCCUCAUUGGUCUUCAAGGGGAUUCUGUUUCACUUCGCCUGCGCAACUCCUCCGAGACCAAUCGGUUCGCUGGAGAACCGUAUGACGACACGACCGGCUUGGACGAAUUGAUCCGCAGUGAGGAAACUCUCCAUUAUACCCUCACCCCGAAAAGUAUGAGGGAAAUUGAGGAGCCUGAUUCACCUCGCUGGAGAGUUAGGUCGAGCACUGCGGACCUGGCUGAGUUCUUGAAGAAUAGCGCCCCUCCCGGGGAAGUUCCACGUCCUAGUACUUCUCACACGUCUUCCAGGGGAACUACCGACGCACCUAAAUAUAAAGCUAUCGAAAUACCCUCGACUGCGACCUCGCAACAAUCAUCAAACCUGGAACAAGCUGCCGAUCGGAAACUAAAUACUGGGUCUUCUAGUGAUUACGAUCACUCUAUCAAGUCGACCGGUCCAAGCAGCCCUCUCAGUAUCCAACAGACCCAAUCACCACGUUCUCCGUCGAGCACAAUUCGCAGUGGCCCUAAGCUGGAGGCCCGUUCAGCAAUUAGUUCAAAGGCGGAUCAAGAUCGGACAACCGAGUUGAUUGACUUCAUUCGUGAAGGUCCACCCACCGCAGGGGCACGCCGCAUUCCACGUGCGGUUGCACCGUUCCGAGACACCAUGGAUUCAGACGAGUUGAACUCGCUGGAAACUGGCCUCUCCGAAAAUAAUGCGCCCUCGGUAUCUAGCACGCAAGACGGGUCAAUGUUGACUUCCGUCGGGUCUCGCACAGGACUUUUGGACACGGGCAACCGAACUACCGUGCAUCCAACUGCUGCUCAGCACAUUCCAACCGCUCCAGUGGACGACCCUCGUCCUGUGCGGAAACAACGUAGGGUGCCAGACCCCUAUGCCAUUGAUUCAGAUGACGAUGAGGACCUUGACGAGCUCCUGGAUGGCCCAAAGCCCAAGCGCGAAGAGGAAAGCUUGAUAGAUUUCUUGCGUAAUGUUCCUCCUCCGGAAUUGGAGCCAACCCCGCAGCCCCCCGCAGUCAGCACGAUGCCCUCCAAGAGCUCAUCUGGUGCGUUUGGAAUGAAGGCGCGACUUCUUCGCAAUGCCUCUGGGGACAAGGUGCCUACUACGAAACUAUCAAAGGCCUCGCUCCGUCAACAGCAGGACGGCUAUGCUGCAGCGCCAUCUAACUAUUCAGUCAAAGUUAGCGCCGAGAGGAGCAGAGGCGCAAUGUAUGGAACUAGCAGCCUUCCCUCCGUCACAGAUCGGCAAACAGAGACUAGUGCCCUGGCUGAAUUCCUCAGGACGACGGGGCCUCCUGAGCCUCCUGCACCCCGAGCCUCCUCAUCGAUGGCUUCGAAGGGUAGAGAAUCUGGGGUGAAUAGCCUCUCGCGCCUUUUCGGGCGCCGGAAGAAGCUCGAGGUCUAGUGCCAGUCUGUAAACCUACUUUAUGUCCUCCCUAUUCCCUUCUCAUCCUCUCUCUUUUCCAUAUCUCCAUUCUCAAGUCAAUUAGCCUACGUGUUCUUUAGAUAUGUCCUUACCUCUCUGUUCUCUUUUUCUUCAAGAGCGUUUUUAAGCCAUGUGACGAUCCAUCCUGUGUUUCGUUUGAUUCAGGUUCUCUCUUUCCUUACUUCCUUGGUCCGCGGGUCAAAAUCCUACAGUCUUGACAUCUGGGCCUUGGGUGAACGAGUUCCCUUCCGUAUAUCUUCCAUAUUUUCUUCGUUGCUUUGGCACGACACUCGUUGUCCUUUUCCUUCAUAUACCACUUUGUCCUGUUGAAUUUGCACCCCCGUCAUGUUCGACUUUAUGGGGUUUGGAACGAAUGAUAUCCUGCCUUCAAUCUUCUAAGUUCGGGACAUUGUUUUACUUUUAUUUUUAUUUCCUUUUCCUUUUUACUUUUCUAUGUUGCGCGAUAUUCCCCUGGGAAGCCGUGUUCAUGCGUUUACUAUAAAAAUCGGGCGAACCGUACAUGAUAUCAAGAAGCUGCUAGCCACAAAAUGACUA